GUAAAACAAAUAGAGAAGAGAGAUUCAGUUCUAACGUCCAAAAAUCAAAUUGAACGAUUGACCCGUCCUGGUUCCUCUUACUUCAACUUGAACCCAUUCGAGGUUCUUCAGAUAGACCCGGACGUGACCGAUGAAGAGAUAAAGAAGCGGUUUCGGCAGCUGUCUAUACUGGUGCACCCGGACAAGAACCAGGAUGAUGCCGACAGGGCACAGAAGGCUUUCGAAGCUGUGGACAAAGCUUACAAGUUGCUACUGGAUCAGGAGCAAAAGAAGAGGGCCCUGGAUGUAAUUCAGGCAGGAAAAGAAUACGUGGAGCACACCGUGAAGGAGCGGAAAAAACAGUUGAAGAAGGAAGGAAAGCCUACGAGCGUGGAGGAGGACGACCCUGAGCUGUUCAAGCAAGCAGUAUAUAAGCAGACCAUGAAACUGUUUGCCGAGCUGGAGAUUAAGAGAAAAGAGAGAGAGGCCAAAGAGAUGCACGAAAGGAAGCGGCAGAGGGAAGAAGAGAUUGAAGCUCAGGAGAAGGCCAAGCGAGAGCGGGAAUGGCAGAAAAACUUCGAGGAGAGUCGAGACGGCCGUGUGGACAGCUGGCGGAACUUCCAGGCAACUACCAAGGGCAAGAAAGAGAAGAAAAACCGAACCUUUCUGAGGCCGCCCAAGGUGAAGAUGGAGCAGCGCGAGUGACCCGCCGCGCCGCCCCUGUCCCGGAGGACUGUCUUCCCUCUCCUUCCGCCCCAGAGUAGCCUUUGCUUUUUAGCCCGUUUUGUUUUCAAUACAAUUUAAUAUUGAUCAAAGUAAUUCUUUUGUACAUUGAGAUGAGGGGCUUGGUUUAAGAAAGACUGCCCUGCACCCCACUAGAAAGCGGGUCGGGAGGUGCCCCUGGUCCAUGGCGGUAAGGAACCGGGGCCUGUGGUGGGAGGGGGUUUUGUGCGUAGACCCGGAAAUCUCCCAACUAAACGCACGGCUUAAACUGGUGUCCCGUGGCCUCGGAGCCCAGCCUGGGCCACCUCGGGAGCCUCUCCCCACACUCGCUCCCUCUGCGCGUGCGACUGUCGGGCGGCAGCAGGGCUUUGUGGGUGCGCAUAGCAGCGACGGAGGCCCUGCCCUGGCCAGCAUGGCGGGAGGCUCCAGCCACCCCAGCUGGUUCUGGUCGGAGAGCCAGCCGACCUCCCACACCUGUGUCCCGCCCGUCCAUAUCUGAUGCUGACAGUGUUCUUACGUUCAAUAAACUUUUGUACCCAGA